AUGCAUGAGAAUCAAGAAACGGUAAUUAAAAAUAAUGCGGUAGCGGAAAAUUUUUGGAUGGGGGGUUCCUUUGAGACGUUGCGAGAUUUUAUAGCCGUCGACGAUCAGAUCGAUUCAGAUGAUGAAAUCGAAAGCGAUAAUCCUGAAACGCCUGAAAAAAAAUGGUCGAAUGUUACACGUACGGCCGUUGUUGCAGUCGAUACGGAAGAUGAAAAUAAGGGAAAGCAGCUGUUUAGCAUACCCAUCGAAUGGAUACCCCGAGUAGCGAUACGCAAUAACAAGAUGGUUUUGAUGCCCUUUGAGUUCUGUUGUCGUGAAGUUAUAGUACGUUCGCGAACGCAAUUGAUACGCUGUCAAUCGCUGACCAUACCCAAAGAAUACUAUUGCGAUAGACAUUUUUUUCACGUGGGGUGUGGGGGUUGUACCACCGAAGGUUCCAGCGACGUGCAAGUGUUCGCAGCAACGCAUCUGUACGUCGGGUUAAAAACAAUAAUGAAUUAUUUGAAUACAAAUAUGUACAUGAAUAGCGGGGAAAUGUUGGCGGUUUUGGAAUCUAAUGACACAUGUCUUAAUUUUUACGAAGAGUCUUUUGAUGAUGAAAAUCAACAAAUAUAUACUAUUACUUCUAUUAAAGGUACGACCAUACGUAAAUAUUUAGCACAUAUCGUAGUCUGUAAAUAUUGUAUACGUCAUUUGGGCGAUUUUUUAAGUUUACUCGAUCAAAGCGUGGCACAUCACCCAUGCCCCGAUCACGUGGACAUAGAUUGUGACGGGUAUAAUAAGUUGGGUCUACCCAUACGUAAUUAUAUACUAGAUGCUGAUUUUGAUAUGCUCAUGUCGAAAGCAUAUUAUGGUAUUAUAGAUGACGGAUCAUCUAAACCCUGUAAAUAUGUGGACGAUUUUAUGGACAAUUUUGUCAUAAAAUAUGAUUGA